AUGAAUGAUCCAGAUGGUUCAUUAGAAUUAGGUGAUAAUGAAUAUCAACCUCAAAAGAGAUUGAUGAGUUUUAUGUUUAGAAAAAAAGUAUAUCCAAUUCCAAAAGAUGAUGAAAGAACUUUACAUCCUUUAGCUUCAGCUAAUAUUAUUAGUAAAAUAUUCUUUUGGUGGUUAUUUCCAAUUUUAAAAGUUGGUUAUUCAAGAACUUUACAACCAAAUGAUUUAUGGGUUUUAACUGAUGAUAUGAAAGUUGAACAUUUUACUGAUAAAUUCAAUUUUUAUCUUGCACAAGAACGAGAAAAGGCUCAACGAAAACAUAUUGCUAAUAAAUGUAAAGAAAGAAAUGAAACCCCUGAAACUUCAAGUGUUACUCCUGAAGAUGAUUUACAAGAUUUCGUCUUGACUCCAUUUAAUAUGAUUAUGAUAUUAAUGCGUACUUUAAAAGGUCAGUUGAUUUUUGCAACCUUGAUGGCUCAAAUUGGUUUAUGUGGAUUGGCGUUUUCUCCUUUAUUAUCAAAAUAUUUGAUUCAAUUUGUACAAGAAAGAGCUUUAGGCUUAGAACCUCAUCCUGGUAAAGGUAUUGGUUAUGCAUUUGGUGUCGUCUUAUUAUCACUUACAAGUGGUAUUUUAUUCACUCAUUUCUUUUAUUGGGGCUUCGUAAUGGGUACGGAAACUAAAUCAUUAUUAACUAAUGAAAUCCUUAAGAAGUCUUUGAAAUUAAGUCCUGAAGGUAGACAUAAAUUCCCCACGGGGAAAAUCACAUCGAUGAUUACUACUGAUUUAUCAAGAAUUGAAAUUGCAGUUAUUAUGCAACCCCUUCUUAUUUGUUUACCUCUCCCAAUGAUUAUUGCAAUCGUUGUUUUAGUGGUUAAUAUUGGUGUAUCUGCAGUUGUCGGUAUUGGUAUUUUCUUAUCUUUCUUGGGUGUUUUAUCAGUUGGUGCUAAAAAAUUAUUCGAUCUUAGAGAAGUUGUAAGUAAGAUUACUGAUAAGAGAGUUAAUUUAAUUAAAGAAAUUUUAAAUAAUUUAAAAAUGAUCAAAUAUUAUUCCUGGGAACUUCCAUAUCAUAGAAACAUUAUGCUAAUCAGAGAUCAAGAAGUUAACAUCAUCUUAAAGAUUCAAGCAAUUAGAAAUGUUAUUUAUGGUUUAGCUAUGACAUUAACUGGUAUUUCAUCGAUGAUUGCUUUCUUAGUUUUGUAUGCUAUUAAAGGAAAUACUGCUAAUCCUGCCAACAUCUUUUCAUCACUUUCUGCAUUUGGUAUUUUAGCCAUUUUGAUUUUCUUCAUGCCACAAGCUUUAAGUACUAGUGCUGAUAUGGCUAUGGGAUUCAAAAGAAUUGGUGCUUUACUUUGUGCUCCUGAAGAGAUUUCUUAUGAAAAUUAUAGGAAUUUCAAUGAUCCUGAAAAUAAAUUAGCUGUUGGAAUUUCUCAAGCUUCUUUCAAAUGGAUGAUUUUUGAAGAUGAAAUCCUCGAUGAAGAAAGUCUUAAUGAGGAAACUGAUGAAACGGACAACAACAACAACAAAAAAUCCAAAAAGAAGAAGAAAUUAUCCAAGAAAGCUAAAGCCGAACGAGAACAACGGAGAAAAGAAUUAGAAAAGGAUAUCGAAGAAAGAAAGAAAGAUCGUGAAAAGUAUGGUUCAACAAACUCAACUAAUUUCUCCGGGUUCAAGAAUAUCAAUUUAUCUAUCAAGAAGGGUGAAUUCGUCGUUAUUACUGGUCCAGUCGGUUCUGGUAAGACAUCGUUAUUGAAUGCAAUUGCCGGUACUAUGAAAUGCGAACAAGGUGAAAUUGAUAUCAAUGGGCAACUCUUAUUAUGUGGAGCACCAUGGAUUCAAAAUAGUACAAUUAGAGAAAAUAUUAUUUUCGGUUCUGAAUUCGAUCAGAAAUUUUAUGAAAGUGUCGUACAUGCAUGUUCAUUACAGAUUGAUUUGGAUAAUUUACCAGGUGGUGAUUUUACAGAAGUUGGUGAAAGAGGGAUUACUUUAUCUGGUGGUCAAAAGGCGAGAAUUCAUUUAGCUCGUGCUGUUUAUGCUAAUAAAGAUAUUGUUUUGAUGGAUGAUAUCUUAAGUGCUGUAGAUGCUAGAGUUGGUAAACAUAUUCUUAAUAAUUGUUUGCUUGGUUUAUUGAAAGAUAAAACGAGAAUCUUGGCUACUCAUCAAUUGGCAUUAAUUGGUCAAGCUGAUAAAAUUGUGGUUGUUGAUAAGGAUGGUUCUAUUGAUCUGGGUACUAUGACUGAAUUAUUACAAAGAAAUGAAACAUUUAGUAAACUUAUGGAAUAUAGUAAAUUGGAACAGGAUAAAGAAGAAUUCGAUUCGGAUUCUAGUGAUACCAAUGAAAAAUCAAGUCUUGUUAAGGUACAUGAAACAAUCGAUUCUGAAGAGGAAGAAUGUGAAAAAUACAAUGUCAACAAGAGUGUCGCAAAGGGUAAAAUCAUUGAAGAUGAAGAAAGAGCAAUCAACCAUAUCACAUUGGAUAUUUAUCACAAUUAUAUUCAACAAGGUUCAGGGAAACUUGGAGUUGUAGGAUUUUUGGCUGUAUUUGUUUUAUUGAUCUCACUUUAUACCUUCUGUUCAAUCUUUACUAAUACUUGGCUUUCAUUUUGGAUUUCUCAUAAGUUCCCAGGUAGAGGUAGUGGGUUUUAUAUUGGAUUAUAUGUGAUGUUUAACCUUUUGACUACGAUACUUUUGGUUGUUUCCUUUAUUGCUUUAAUUACCAUGACAACUGUCUCAUCCAAGAAUUUGAAUCUUAAGGCUAUCAAUAGAAUCCUAUAUACACCAAUGGCAUUUAUGGAUGUUACACCAAUGGGAAGAAUCUUGAAUAGAUUUACCAAAGAUACCGAUGUUUUAGAUAAUGAAAUCAGUGAAAAUUUGAGAUUCUUAGCUAUGUCAAUUGCACAAAUGAUUGGUUCUUUCAUUCUUUUCAUCAUUUAUAUUCCAUGGAUUGCACUUGCUAUUCCAUUUAUUGGUAUUUUCUUUGUCAUGAUUGCCAAUUAUUUCCAAGCCUCAAAUAGAGAAGUCAAACGGUUAGAAGCUAUUCUUAGAUCAUUUGUUUAUAAUAAUGUUAAUGAAGUUUUGAGUGGUAUGGAAACUAUCAAAUCUUAUGAUGCACAACUUAGAUUCGGGGAUAUUAGUAGUAAGUAUAUCAACCAUGCAAAUGAAGCUUCUUUCCUUGUUUAUGCUUGUCAAAGAUGGGUCGCUAUUCAAUUAGAAUUGUUGGCCGAUGCUGUUUUAUUAUUGGUUGCAUUGUUAUGUGUUAAUAAGGUUUUUGAUAUCAGUCCUGCUUCUGUUGGUUUAUUAUUAACUUAUUCCUUACAAAUUUCUGGUGAAUUAUCAAAUGUUAUUAGAACUUUUACACAAGUUGAAAAUGAUAUGAAUUCAGUUGAAAGAGUUUGUCAUUAUGGAUUGAAAUUAGAUCAAGAAGCUCCAUACACUAUAGCUGAUACCAAACCUUCUCUGGAUUGGCCACAACAAGGUGAAAUUGAAUUCGCGGAAGCUUCAAUGAAAUAUAGACCAGAAUUACCAUUAGUACUCAAGAAUCUUUCAUUUAGCGUUUCUCCUCAUGAAAAAGUUGGUAUUUGUGGUAGAACUGGUGCUGGUAAAUCAUCAAUCAUGUCUGCUAUUUAUAGAUUGGUAGAAUUGGAAGGUGGUAAGAUUGUUAUCGAUGGUGUUGAUAUUUCCACAAUUGGUAUGAAUGAUUUAAGAUCCAAAUUGUCCAUUAUCCCUCAAGAUCCUGUUUUAUUCAAUGGUACUAUUAGAAGUAAUUUAGAUCCUUUCAAAGAACAUCAAGAUGAUGCAUUAUGGGACUCAUUAAGUAGAUCAGGUAUUGUCACUACUCAAGAUAUCGAAGAAUACAAAAAGAUUGACAAAUCAACUCCAUCUGAAGAUUUACCUAAAUUCCAUUUAGAUAAGAUUGUUGAAGAUGAAGGACUAAAUUUCUCCCUUGGUGAAAGACAAUUGGUUUCAUUCGCUAGAGCAAUGGUUAGAGAAUCUAAGAUUUUGAUUCUUGAUGAAGCUACUUCUUCGAUUGAUUAUAAGACCGAUAACACCAUUCAAAAGACAAUUGCCACUGAAUUUGCUCAUUGUACAAUUUUGUGUAUUGCUCAUAGAUUGAAGACCAUUCUUAAUUAUGAUAGUAUUCUUGUUAUGGAUAAAGGAGAGGUUGCUGAGUUUGAUACUCCAUGGAAGUUGUUUAAUACUCCAGGAAGUACAUUUAGAGAGAUGUGUGAUAAAUCAAAUAUUUCCGAGGAUGAUUUUGAGCAUAAGUAUUAA